UUUAUUUAGCUUUGUUAGCUGAUCCAGUUAGUGAAUUUUUAUCUCUUUUCAUGCAGUGGUAGCAAUGAUCACACAACCAAGUUCUGGUGCAGAAAUAGGCCCGGCGAUUCAGCUCGUGAUAAGUUCAACGUUGGUCACAGCCAAGGUUACGGUGAGCAAAAUCCCACCCUAGCUGGUUCUAUGCCUGGUAACUUUCCAGGACCUGAGCACCCCACAACUCCUGGGCCAUUUGCUUCUGGGUUGACACGAAACGAGGGAAACAUUCCAGGUGUUGGUGUUGCAAUGCCAUUGAUGGAUACAUCAGUUCAAGGAGAGCAGAAACUGCCUCCGGUAGUUUCAAUGCCUUUAGGUGCUCCUCCGCUCCCCCUUGGUCCACAUCCUUCUCUUCUCGCAGCAAAUCAGCAGCAAGCAUAUCAUCAAAAUGCUCAGCAAAUCCAACAUCACCAGCCACACCCACAGCAAAUGCCCUCUAUGCCUAUGCCACCUCCAAAUUUGCCUCAACUACAGCCUCCAUCCCGUCUACUACUUCCACAUCCUCAUUUACCUCGUCCUCCACCCCAGCUACCCCCUCUUGGUAUGCCUUCAAGCAUCCCGUCAUCAAUGGCAGGAUCAAUGCCCAUGCCUUCAAUGCCAACGUCACUUCCAAUGCCCAUGCCUGGUCAAAUGGUGAUGCCGGGUAUGAAUCCGAUGGUUCCUCAAAUGCAACAGGGGCAUUUUAUGGGUAUAAAUCCGAUGCACUCGCAGUCGGCACCUUCAGUUGGAGGGAUUCCAAAUGGGUUGCAGGGCCCUUCAAAUGCAGGUGGGGCCCAAAUGUAUUCGCCAGCAGGUGCAUUCAACCGGCCACAAGGUGGGCCAGUGCCACCAAUGCCAGGGCUUAAUCCCUACCAGCCUGGGAAUCCUAAUGCAAGUGGCAUGGGGACAAUGCCAUCAAAUUUUGCUAUUCCGUCUGGUAUGCCUCCACCAUUGCCUCCAGGCCCGCCACCUCAUGGCCAAACACCACAGUAGAUAAGAUAAUUCCUGUAGAUUAAGACUUUGUUGCAGCAAGUAGGGCUGUCGGUUAGAAGCAAAAACAUACAUCUCUCUCGUCUCUAUUGCAUGCUGUUUAUCCUUUUGGAUGUAACAUUUUUGUUUAUUGUAGUUUCCCCAUUUAAACUUCCUCCUUUGUUUUGUUUUUGUUCCCUGUUUCAUUCCCUCCCCUCCUUUUUAUAUUUAUCAUAUGUUCCUAUGAAACUGAUUGAAAUGUAAUGAAUGUUUGCAAUUGUUUUUUAUGUGAAAUUUACCAGCAAUUAUAUGUUCA